UCCCCAUCCCCCACACUGUGGCCGUCUCUCCGGGUGAAAGCUGUCUUCCCAGCGCCACUGGCCCGACAAAACGCUGCUGUAGCAGAGCCAGUCCGCACCAACCCGAGGCAGCACACUCACACGGGAGAGAGCACGUACACAUUCGGGGAAUCUUUCCUUUUUUCCCUUCCGUGAUCGACCGAGUAGCUUUGAUUUGCAUAUCCACUUCCACUCCUUCCUCAUUUGCAUACAGCAAGAAUGGCGAGCGGGCAUCCCACAGACAAAUUCAGUUUCAUGUAUCAACCAGACACGCACAAGAGUAAGAACAGGUUAUCUUCAGCUAUGAAUCCAGUCUACAGCCCUGUCCAGCCUGGAACUCCAUAUGGAAACCCCAAGAAUAUGGCCUUCACAGGCUAUCCAGGGGGGUAUCCUGCUACAGCUCCUACCUACACCAACCUGUACCAAACAGGCAGUCCUGGGUAUCCACCAGGAUAUACUCCAGCAGGAACUCCAUACAAAGUGCCCCCCACUCAGUCAAAUGGAGCCCCUCCUCCUUAUACUCCGACCCCUACCCCGUACCCGACAGCUAUGUACCCCAUCCGCAGUGCCUACCCUCAGCAGAACCUAUACACACAGGGAGCGUACUACACCCAGCCAGUGUUUGCCGCUCAGCCACAUGUGAUCCAUCACACCACCGUGGUGCAGCCUAACAGCAUCCCCUCCACAGCCCUCUACCCGGCCCCUGUUCCUGUACCUGCUCCUCGCAACAACGGCAUGGCUGCCAUGGGGAUGGUAGCUGGGACAACCAUGGCCAUGAGCGCAGGGACUCUGCUGACAACGCCACAACACCCCCCAAUUGGAGCACACCCAGUUACUGUGCCAACCUACAGGCCCCAAGGGACACCUGGGUACAGCUACGUACCGCCUCACUGGUAGAGCCCAUCCAUCAUAUCUGGAGUCCACCAUCGUAUGCAACUGCUCGAAUCUUACCGCGAGCUCCCGUCAGUAAUCACGGGAACUCUGCAUCUGUCUGCAAGAACAAAACUAAAGUGCAACAGCCACUUUACUAUCAUUGUUAUUAUGCGACAUUCUCUAACAUUUUUACAAAAGCUGCUUUUUCUUUGUUUUCUUUUUCUUUUUUCCUU